AGACAGGCAAUUGCUUACUCUUGUCUGCCUCAUAAUUUCGAUUCAGUAGGAUUUUCUUAGAGUUGGAUUCAAUAUUGCGUUUCUAUUGACCCAGGAGAAAAUUUCACCUCUCGUUCAAAGUUAAUUGAAGCUAUUAUGUUUUCGAUCCUUGUUAUUUUUCUGAUACUGUUCCAGAUUCAAGCCAUCGCUUUCAUUACAUACCAAUAAACAGGUCAGAAAAAAACUGCAUUUUGUCGAGUUGAGAUAUGGUUCGCAAUCCCCUUCACUUGAAUCUACCCAGCAAAUACAGCUUGAGUAAUGAAUGGCCCAUGAUGAAAAUUUACGAUCUUCCCGGAUAACCCUUGUUAGUAUUUUUCUGCUUCUAAGUUAACGUCUCAUAAACUUUCUAUAAAAACAGUCAGGUAUUUGAAUUUAUAAUAUUUGCUAUGUCUUCUAAAAAUACAACUGAGCCAUCAACAGAGGCAAAGACUGAAAGAAACACCAAGUUGAAAAUAAUUAGAGUUCCAUCACUAAAAUUAAUGUUGUACCGUCAUGACAUACUUGCUUGGUUAUUGGGAAUGUUAUUUUUAACUUGUAUGAUGGCGGCAAUGAUGGUGGCAGGAAGUAAGGCGGGUUGGAAUGCAACAUCUGGAUACAAACAUUACAAUACUUCAUCAAGUUUACGCCUAAUGCCAGAACCAGAAUAUUGCAACGAAACAAACAUAAAAGGUCGCCAUGGAAACGGUUGUACUGGUAGAUGGUACUAUUGGAAACUUCCGUUAGACAAAAUAACUCCCCUCAGUACAGCUAUCAUAUGGUUGUGUUAUUCUGCUCAUCAAAUUUCAUUAUGGAUUACGAUAUUUCUAGCACAAAGUAAUAAAAUGAAGCAGAAUUGUCGGGAAACGCAAAAGUUUGGAACAAAAUUACACUGGUAUAAUUGGACUGUGUUGAUAAUCAACGCCUUGUUCUUUCUUAUUCAUCUCGGGCAAACACACUGGACUUAUGACGGACUUUCUCAAAACGUAGCAUUGGCAUCUUCGGAAGGUUCCGUGAUUCUUGUGCUUGGUUUAAUUCUUGUUCUGGAAUACAAAGAUCGCGGAUUCAUGUUUUUGUGGCCAACAAAACUUUCUUCUGAUUCGAUUGCAAAGCGAAUACGACUCAAUUACGAACCAAUAAAGAUCGUGCGUAAGUACCACGGAUACUUAAUAUGCUGGGCAACAACAUAUACAUUCUGGUACCAUCCGAUGGAGAACACGUGGGGACAUGUACUUGGCUUCAUUCAUGGAGGAAUGUUGUUUUUGCAGGGAAGUCUUAUAUACACGAGAUUCCAUUUAAAUAGAUAUUGGAGAUUACUCAAUGAAAUAUGGGUGAUAAUCCACGGCUCUUUCAUGGCCUUUCAAACUAGACACGGGGAAGUAGAAGCAAGACAACAAUGGCCCUUAUAUUUUUUAGGUUUUGGACUUAUUCUGUCAUGCACACAGAUUUUCGGACUUACUUUUUGGAGAAAAAUUCAUUUUGCAUUUCGUGCUAUACCACCCCUGUUGUUUUUUGUGAUCUCUCUCAUUCUCUGCGGAACUGAAGUAAUAAGAGGCAAUGCACCAGGAGAGUCAAGUUUUGCAAGAUUGCGAGAAAUAUUUUACAUUCCAUUAGAAAUGUACUUGAUACUAAUUGCAAUAUGGCUACUUAUAUAUUUGAUGCUCAAAUUGGAGAAACAUGUAAUCGAUGAUUCUGAUUCCAGUUAUAACGUUACGGUAAACGGCAUAUCAGAAGAUCGACUAACACCUCAAAUCGUACGAAUGAAAAUUCUACGGAAGAUAUUUGCACGGAUGCACAGGAUAUUGAUGAAGAAGAGCAACACAAUUCUUCAAUUUUGAAGCAAGCUCUUGGGAUCACUGGAUUUUUAUUAAUUCAUGCUAUUAUGAUUGUUUUGUCUUAUUUUAUACAAUGGAUGGAUGUGAACAUGUCAAACUCAAAUAUUAUGUUCAUCAUGGUUGCCAUAUUUACUGUAUGCUGGAGUAUUGCUGCCAUGAUGGCAAGGCUUGCCUUGAAUUCCGUAAAAUAAUUUAACAACAUGUAUUUUAUUAGUUAUUAUUUAAGAAUUUGAUUUGGAAUUGUAUAUUUGAACAUUGAUGAGUAUUCCUAAUAUAUCAACAAGGUCGAACGUUAUCAUGUGGAAAUGAAUCUACUGCUUAGCAGAUUUAAUUAUCAACUGACAGGUAACUAACUUAUCGAGGUCGCGUCAGAUUUCUCGAGUUGAUUAAACUAUAUUAGACCAUAUUCCAAAAGUGCA